AUGUCAUUCGAAUGUAACAAUGGGCUGUGUCUUUUAUUGACUAUUGAUAUAUUGACUAUAUUGAUAUUUACAUUUGUUCAUAUUAUCUCAGACGUUCUUGUCCUGCUGUUAUCUGAUGUUUUGCUGCUGUUACUGGAGAAAGAUCAGCGACUUUCAUUUCCCUCUCUAGACAAGCAGCCUGCGGUCAUCUCGCUUCGGAAGCUCAUCGUCCGUGAGGCGGCUCACAACGAAAAGACUCUGUUACUGAUCACAGCCUCCUCCGACACUCCAGAGAUGUACGAGUUUCGCACUUCCUCUAGAGAGGUGCGCAAGGCUUGGGCAGACCAAAUCUGGAAAGCUGUGGAGUGCUGUCCAGAAGAAGAGGAGGAGGAACCAGAAGAACUCUCUGAGAGAAUCAGGGACUUUGCACAGGAUCUGUACAUGAGGGAUGCUGUUAUAGAGCACUGCCUCAAAGAGAAGCACCGGUUGUUUGUCAGCAUCGUGACGGGUUUUGAAGAGCACUCAUCAUCUGAGGGCCGUCUGCUGUGUGGUAAUGCAGUGGAGCCCCAGCAGGGGGAGCAACUCCUCUCUGGAGCCCUGAAGGAUGUGGGGCUUUUACAGCAGUUGCUGUUAGAACGUGAGAUGGACCGAUGUUCAUCCACUAGAGAGGGAGUGGAUCUGAUGCCACUGCCCAAGAGACCCGCUAGCUUUACAGGUUUUGAUGGUGAUGCCUACAUGCCACAAGAAAAUGGUGCUGGGAGUUUAGAGAAGAGAAUAAGAGACAGAAACCAGCGAGGUAACUCAGAUCCUCAGCUCAGAGAGCUUUAUCCUGGAGAGAGUCUGGAGCUGUCGGCGGAUGAGGAGAUGAAUCUACAGAGCAGGACAGUCAGUUUUCCUAAAGCAGAGCUUUAUGAAACUGUAACUAGUCUAUCACAGAAGCUUUGCAGCCUACAGUCUGUCGUGUCGCAGUUAGAAAGCCACAUCGAAGUGCAACGCACCAUUAUCGAGGAGCUGAUGUCCCGGCCCCGGAGCAAUACUCUCCUGGAACAGGAAAAACAACGAAACUGGGAAAAGCAGCGGGAAGAGCUGGCCAACUUCCAGCGACUGCAGAGUCAGCACAGGCAGGAGCAGAUGCAAUGGGAACAGGAGCGAGAGAUGCAGAGGAUUCAGACAGAGAAUGGAGAGAAAGAGCUGAGAGAGAGAGAACUGGUGUGCAACAAGCAGGAGAUUCAGCUGGCGGAGGAGAGACAAGAGCUGGACACAUGCAGAGAGCAAUACCAGCAGGAUCUGGAGAGACUUCGAGACUCCAUGCGUGCUGUAGAGAAGGAGAAAGAAAAGCUGGAACAGAUGCAGAAGAAGUUCAAGAAGAAUGAGAAUGUGUCCAACACUGGAAACUUUACUCUGGAGAAUGAACAGAUCCAGAUACCUCUUCCAUACCCCAAACUGAAUGUAGUUUCUUCCGGUUUUGAGGAGAGGGCACCCCUGGUACCACCACGUAGAGAGAGCAUCACUACCCUGCCUGUCAAGACAGAACCAGUGCCCAUCCACCUCAUCAGCACCACCAACCAAACAUACAAAGGCAAUUCCGUCCAACAGCAGAUCCCCACAAAACUGGCCGCACAGCCGAAAGGCAAAGACAAACACAGCAAGCACAGGAACUCACACCAGCGCACCCACAGUGCAGCUGGCAUAGAGGUCUCUCAAGUCCUACCCAUCAAAGUUACUGGAAAAGAAGGAGGCAGUUUAAGAGCCACGGGAUGCAGCAGUCCCCAUCGGCUCCAUCCAGAUAUGUUUAUUCAUCCAGAGAAGUUGUCCAGCUCUGUGUCCUCUCAUUCAAACACGAGCAGGAAGCCUCACAACACAAACACAACACAGCCAGGACACCGUAAAGCCAAAGAUCAUGAAAAUACAGAUGACAUUUUAUUCUUCUAGUGUCUCUUGUGUUUCAGAUGGACAGUGAUCACUGUUUCACUAACAUGAUCUGAACAGUCAUGUUAUGAGAUACUGCAUAACAUACAUUUAACAAGUAAUGAAAUCAUUCAGAUUUUAAUCAUAGUUGUGAAAUGUUUUGUUUUAAUUGUGAUUUUAAUCAUUUUUAAUUGAAGAAAAAACUAAGUAUAGUUGAAAAAAAUGUGGAAGAACUGUUUUAAUCUCUGUUAACCCUUUACAGACAUAUUAGCAGAGUGUAAGGCGUGAAAUCAUUGCUGAAAGGACAGUCAGGAGUUAUUGUACAAUUAAAAUCUCUUCAGUGAUUCAUUACAGAACAUUUUGUGUCUUAUUAAAUGAUCAUUCAUGUAAAUAUCUGUUUUAUUGGCUAUUUAUUGUGAUUCACAUUCAGGGAUAUUUGACUCCAGAAGCAUUACACCAGAAAGUCUUAAUGUUCUCAUUGACUCUUUGCUGGACUGUGAUGUUAUCAGGACAUUAAUAACAAUGUUUCAUAUUAAUACUGUACAAUUAUGUUGAAAUGUCAAUUUAUUCGUUUUAUCUCCAGUUUCCAGAUGAUUUUAAUGGAUAUUUUGCUCCUGUCAAUUGGAAAAUAAUGUUUAUGAAGAAAAUAUUUUGUUUAUGAAAAAGCCUUGUUUUCAUAUCUGGAAAUAAAGCUGAUACUAGUGAAAGUUAAGAAUGUAUUUUUAUGAAUUUUCUUAAUAUUUGUCACAAUUCUGUUAAAACAUGUUUUGAAUAUUUCAUCUGCAUCUGAUGCUGUCUUAAAAUGAACCUGUACAUAGUAAAUAUUUCAUUGCAGAUUUUGCUGUUUUGUUCUUGUGUGGAAGAAGUAA